UAUUUUUGAUUUUAUUGAAUUGACUUUUACUGAUGAUAAUUUGGUCAACGUGUAUCAGAGGUCCGUUCGCUGGUCACUGCAAAUGGAAUGAAGUCGGGCGUAGGGCCCCCAACUCCCGAUUCAUUUCAUCAUCGAGUGAUCUGAUGAUUAUUUUGUCGAUGAAUCGAAUUGACAAAAGCAUUUUCACGUCUUUCCUUUUAUCCAAAAACGGGACGAGAUUUCAAUUUGACAGUUAGUGAAAAUGCACAAGCAAGAAAAAAAAAAUGGUAAAACCAAGAAUCAAAAUUCACCGAGCACGAUUUUCACUCGUGUGUCAGACAACUCAUCUCGCUCACCCCCACUCUCAAACCCCAUCACGCCCCCCCCCAUCCCCAUUGGUGUCAUCCCCUCCCUCCCGUCUCUUAUCCACAUGCAAAGAGCAGUCAGUAAUCGGAUGAGAGCAGAUUUGAUUCAAAAAGCCCCCCCCCCCACCCCUUUAAAAAUCUCCACCGAUGACACGAUUUAAAACUCACUCUAUCGACUCCCCUUUUCGACCCGACCGCCACCCGUGAGUGAUGGCUAAUGCGCUUCACCUUCGAGCACAAGCCAUCCUGUGCCAGCAGCCAUUUUAUUACAUGAAACAACGACAGUCCGAGACUUUUACGCCUGGAAUAACGCAUGAAAACAGCCACCCAUCAAUCGUCGCUGUCAUUUCCAUUUUAACAGCCUCAUUCUUCCACGACCGGCUCUCCAGAUGGCUCAAAAAAAAAAAAAAAAACCAUGACAGACAAAACUUGCCCUUGGCCUCCUCUCCAUUUCACUUUAGACAAAUGAGAGGCAAAUCCGUCAGCUCGUGUGUCGUCUGAUUCAAAUCGUGAGAGAAAGUGCAAGUGGAAACUGAUGACCAGAUAUCGAAGCAAUUUUCUCCAAUGAAAUGAAUAGACGGGCGGGUCGGGUGUUCGAGUGGUUAGCGCGUCGACCUCACAGUGCAGAGGUCGUGGGUUCGAUCCCGGCUCCGGCAUCCCUGUGUGGAGUUUGCAUGUUCUCCUUGGGUUUUCUCUGGGUACUCUGGUUUCCUCCCACAGUCCAAAAACAUGCAUGGCAGGUUGAUAGAACGCUCUAAAUUGUCCCCCCACCUAAAUGCCCGAAGACAGCUGGGAUAGGCUCCGCCCCCCCCCCCCCCCCCGCGACCCUUGUGAGGAUAAAGCGGAUCGAAAAAUGGAUGGAUGAAAUGAAUUGACGCGACAUGAAUCCAGACUCUCAGAAGAACAACACAAUUCAUUUAAGGACGUUUUUAAAAUCAAGAAUUUAGCACCGCACUGGAUGGUAAAAUAUGAAAGAGAACGGAAAGAAAUAAACUGGUUGUGUCAAGUGGAAUGACUGGAUGCAAGUGUUUCUGUGUUGGAAGUGUGCCUUUAAGGGGUGUGGCCUAGGCAGUGACAUCAGGAGCCAGUGACUCUGCGUGUGAGCGUCUGGGCGUGAGCUGUGGUCGACAGCAGCUCUUUACAAAUGAUUUAUUUAUUUAUUUUGUACAAGCUAAGCUGAAGAAAAUCUUUCAAUCAAAAAUAGGGGGUGGAGGGGUGUUACAAAAAUACAAUCAGAAUUUGUAUUUUUGUAAACCCCGCCUCCAAAGAAAGAAGAAAAAAUUGUUUUAAAGCCCAAGUGUAAUUUUGGCUCCAAAAUGGCGCUCCAGGGUGACAUUUCUCCCACUCAAUGAUUUUGUCCAUUAGACGAUGAACUGGCUCUUUUAAUCAUGAAAUGACCAAAUUCAAUUACAAUCAACAAUUUGGAUGCUUGAACACACACACACACACACACACACACACGCACACACACACAAACCUCUCGUUCCCUCCCAAUACUUGCACGUGAUGACAUUCUGACAGGACGUACUGGUUUGUGUGUACAUACAGGGCGAAUCAUCUGAAAAGCAAAUAGCUUUACUGUUAAGGGCUCGCUCGAAUAUUCAUACACUCCUGCAUGAGCUCGAGGGAUGUGUGCGUGAGAGGGUGUGAGGGGGUGGGGGGGACUGUGUGCGCGUGCGCCCCCAGUUUCCGUGUGUUUAAUGAAGUUUGCAAAGCAGACGAGAGCCCAGUUUGACUUGCAAAAACGUUACUCCCCGGCGAAGCCGCAGCCUGCCGCAGGUCAAGCUCGGCGUUGGGGGUUUUCGGCACACCACCGGACGGAAGCGUGUGAUUGUUAUACUCGGGCGCAGAUACUGAACUGUGUUGUCUUUUCUUGACGGGGGCUGUGUGGGGGGCCUUCUCAGCUCUCCCACCGUCGCUGACCGUGCCUGCCGAGCAUCGCCAUGGGUGAAAUGGAGCAAUUGCGAAAGGAGGCAGACAGCCUCAAGGACCAGAUUACCGCGGCGCGUAAGUCCAUGCAGGAUACAACCCUGCAGGAGGCCGUGGCCAGCAUCAACGUGGUGGGCCGCGUCCAAAUGAAGACCAGGAAAACACUGAGGGGCCACCUCGCCAAGAUCUACGCAAUGCAUUGGUCCACUGACUCCAAGCUGUGCGUGAGUGCCUCACAAGAUGGGAAGCUCAUCGUGUGGGACAGCAUCACAACCAACAAGGUGAACGCCAUCCCCCUCAAAUCAUCUUGGGUGAUGACGUGCGCCUACGCCCCAUCGGGGAACCUGGUGGCGUGCGGGGGCCUGGACAACAUGUGCUCCAUCUACAACCUCAAGGGCAAGGACGGCAAUGUCAAAGUCAUGCGCGAGUUGGCGGCGCACACAGGUUACCUGUCAUGCUGCCGUUUCCUCAGCGACAGCGAGAUCAUCACCAGCUCUGGAGACUGCACUUGCGUGCUAUGGGACAUUGAGACCGGCACCCAGAAGACCAUCUUCGCAGGCCACCAGGGAGAUUGCAUGUCCUUGGCCGUCUCCCCGGACUUCAAGUUCUUCAUCUCAGGCGCGUGCGACUUCACGGCCAAGCUGUGGGACAUCCGCGAGGGCAACUGCAGACAAACCUUCGGUGGCCACGAGAGCGACCUGAACGCCAUCGGGUUCUUCCCCAACGGCAACGCGGUCAUCACGGGCUCCGACGACGCCACCUGUAAGCUGUACGACCUGAGGGCCGACCAGGAGCUCAUCACCUACCAGGACUCCAGCAUCAUGUGCGGCGUCACCUCGCUGGCGCCCUCCCUGUCGGGACGCCUCAUCCUGGCCGGAUACGACGACUUCAACGUCAACAUUUGGGACGCGCUCAAAGCCGAGAGAGCGGGAGUGCUGGCCGGCCACGACAACCGAGUGAGCUGCAUCGGCGUCUCCUCCGACGGAAUGGCGUGCUGCACGGGAUCGUGGGACAGCUUUCUCAAGAUUUGGAACUGAGGGCUCACAGUCGGCUUUGGGAUCUAUUUGGGGGGGUGGGGGGGGUUUGCCCGGAGGGUCGCUGUAUUUAUUUGUGCCAAUUUUUAAAAGUUGGGUUUGCUAAUGUGAAUGAAUAUUCCUCUCUAGUUCAUUAUUACGUACUGUAGUGAUCCGGCACACUUGGCCGCUGCGGUCGAGCGGUCGCCCGACGGAAGCACGCUGGAUGGUCAUCGGUCAUGUAAGGGUGGAUUGUAUGCCGUGUUUUAUAUCAAGCAAACUUUUUUUUUUGGUUGUUAGUUUUUUUUUCCGUCACAGGCUUACGUUGACUCGCUUUUCUAAAUAGAAUCGAACGCCCUGCUUUAGAGGUUUUUGUGUUUGUGUUGACAUUAUCUUGUUUCUAACCCCUUCAUAAAAACGCGAUAGACAGCCGACAGAUGGGACAACAAAAGGUGGUUCACGAAGCACUUCCAAACAACAACCCAUUUGUCUCAGGAUCUACGAAUGAAUGCCAUUCGUGUGCACCCGAGCACUACUUUGUGGAAUUAGUGAGAGAGUAAAUACUAGUCGACCAUUUCCUCCGUCAGGCAAAAGUCUAGAAAGGUACAGUAGUUUACAGGUUGCCAGGUUUUCUUAUUCGGGUUUCACCACAUCAGGAAAUGUUUCGCAUAGCUUUCUAAACGGACUGUCAAAUAAAAAAAAAAAUGGGAUUCUAUUUGUUUUCUGUGAUCAUUUUACAGGAUGCUGUGUCACAUUUUUUUUAAAAAGAACACUCUCAGAGGCAAAAACAAAUGCAUAGCAGUUAAUUUUAUUCAAAAUUUUUAGAACUGACAAAACGGGACAAGAAAAACAAUACACGGUGGUCGUAAAAGGCAGGAAAAAAGUACAAGCUGUGCACAUAAAAAC